GAGCUGCAUAUAGCCUUGUCACAGAUCUCUUCUCCUGUGUCUUGCCCCGCAUCGACCUCGGCGUCUGACACUCCAGACACCUACAUCAGCAUUACCCGCGCAUCAUACAUAAUCCCCACUACCGCGAAUCAUGUCCACCGCAACACACCCCUUCGCUUCACCAAACGCCAUACCACCUCGAACGAGCUCCACUGGUCAAGUCACCAACGGUCACCCUGUAAACCCACAUCACAGCGUCUUGCGCCCACUCUCAGAAACCGACUGGAUGAGCCAAAGCAAGAAGAGCAAGACGUCGCACGCCUCCACAGAGCCACUCAUCGGCACACAACAACAAUUUCACGCGCGGUUGCAAUCGCAAUCGCAAUCCGAACCUAUGAAUCUCGAAGAAGUCAGCACGAACUACCCUACCCCACUCUCCCCGCCGAAUGACACGAAGAACCUGGGCGAAAAUCUCAUAUACGGCAAUGGUGCGGCAUGGACAGAGGAGAAGGAGCGCAUACUUCUUGGGCCGUAUGAUUAUCUCUGGGGCCACCCAGGUAAAGAUAUUCGGUCGCAAUGCAUAGCAGCAUUCAAUCUGUGGCUCAAAGUUCCUCCUGAGCGGCUCGAGGUCAUAACGCGGGCGGUUGGCAUGCUGCACACAGCGUCUCUCUUGGUCGACGAUGUCGAAGACAGCUCGAUAUUACGGCGAGGUAUCCCUGUCGCAAACAGCAUCUUCGGCGUUGCGCAAACAAUCAACUCGGCGAACUACGUAUACUUCAAGGCGCUGCAGGAGCUGAUGCUUAUGGCCAACCCCAAGCUGAUCGAGAUCUUCACAGAGGAGCUUUUGAACCUGCACAGAGGCCAGGGCAUGGAUCUAUACUGGCGAGAUAGCCUGACAUGUCCCAGCGAAGCAGACUAUUUGGAAAUGGUAGGCAACAAGACGGGUGGGCUGUUCAGACUGGCGAUCAAGCUCAUGCAGGCUGAGAGCGCGGUGCAAGUGGACUGCGCACCAUUAGUGUCCACAAUCGGACUACUCUUCCAAAUCCUCGACGACCACCUCAACCUCUCCCCCACAUCCGGCUACUCCUCUCUUAAAGGGCUCUGCGAAGACCUCACAGAAGGCAAAUUCUCGUUUCCCGUUAUUCACGCCAUACGCGCCGAUCCUAGCAAUCAGAUCUUAAUCAACAUUCUGAAACAGAAGACGACGGAUGAGGAGGUGAAGCGCUAUGCGCUGAAGUACAUGGAGAGCAAGGGCAGCUUUAAUUACUCGAAAAGAGUUAUUGAUGAGUUGAGGGGGAAGACGGAGGAUCUGGUUAAGGGGAUUGAACAGGGGUUGGGAGAUGAUGGGACGCAGGGCGCGGAGGCGUUGAGAAAGAUGUUGGGGAGGUUGGUGUUGAAGUGAGAACUUAUGAAUACAUGAAAGGUGGGAUGGAAGGGGUAAUGCUGCAGCAUCGUAUUUUUGCAUAGCGACAUAGCUAAUGAUCACGAAGCUACGUUUCCAGCAGGUGUCCUUGAGUGUGCUGAAUAACUUAGCAGGAAGGAGCCAUGCUGUAGGGUA